CAGUCAGAGCUCCAGGCGGACAAACAGCGUGAUGUGUUCCCACAGCAGGAGCUUCAGCCCGGCCGGAGGCAGCAAAGUCCUGGAGAACAGCUCCGGGCCGCUGCCGAGACCAGUGGUCCGGGUGUCUGAUGAGGAGGGAAAUGAUAUCACCCCUCAGCCGCUCUACCCGGCAGAUCCAGGAGCAGCGCAGGCCAAGGUCAGCCGGCCCCUCGCUGGAUCAGUACCAGAGCAGGUAGCAGCCACAGGAAGCCUGUGCAUGCUGGGAAUAUCUUCCAGGUCGUUGUUUGGCGGCAGCAGAAUAUCCAGCCAGUCUACCAUCGAGUCAAUAAAUGAGGAUACUGAGGACACGUUUCCAAAAAGAGACCUGUCCGUCGCCCUCCCAGAUGUCAGGGUUAAAAAGUACAACAUUGAGGAGCAAGUGACAGAAGACAUGCUGGAGGAGAUGAUCAACGUCUCGAUCUGUGAGACUGAAACCAUCACGCUGCUGGACAUCCCGAGCAGCUUGGUGUCCGCGGAGGCUGCUGAUGCUGAGGCCGUCUCAGAAAGGAACAAGCGUUACGCUGAGGUCUGCCUGAACAGACCCUUCAGUGAGAAAUACGUGGAUCGAUGGAUGCAGACGAUAAAUGAAACGACUAAAAACAAGCAGGUUCAGACCAGCAGCGUGGACAUGAUGGAUAAAGCUGUGACUGUCACCACGUGGGACACGUGGGACGCCCUGUACGGCCCCGAGCAGGAGGGAGUGGCGGCCGCCACUGCUUCACAGAAGGAUGUCGACCUGGAGACGGCUGUCGAGUCCAGCAGAGGAGCGGAGAAGAGCGUGUCGCUGGGAAGCACAGCCAGUUCCGUCACGGCCUCCAGCUCUCUGAAUGAAGUGGAAACAAGCGGCGCCUGUAUAAACCCGGACGCAGACCUGCAGCUCAUCAUGUUCUCCGACAAAUUCCAGCAGUGCCUGCAAGUGAUGGAGAAAAGCGUCCUCCUCAAUAAUGUCCAGCCUCAGCUGGCGUCUUACAGGCACCUGCCUGCUAUAGAGGGAGGAGCAGCGAAGCCUGAGACAGCCGAUGAGACAGAGGCUGAUGCAGAGACGAGCCGCUCCCCAGCCCUGCAGUGUCUCUGGGUCUUCAGCUGCCAGCUGGUCAGAGGACAGAGUGUCAGCAGCCUGGCCUGGAACAAGAAGAACCAGAACAUCCUGGCCGUGGGUUACGGUAACGUGAGCUCCGAGCGCCCGUCACCAGGUCUUGUUUGCUGCUGGUCCUAUAAAAACAUUACGUGGCCCAGUCGAGUCCUCCACUGCGACAGCGCCGUGACCUCCCUGGACUUCUCAGCCAGCCAUCCCGACCAGCUGGCUGUGGGGAUGUGUGACGGCAGCAUCGUGCUGCACAGCCUGCAGAACCCAGACGAGCCAUGUGCCGUCAGCAGCCACGACUGUCCCAAAAGGCAUUUGGGGCCGGUGUCGCAGCUCAAGUGGACUGAGAAGGAUCUGAGUUUGACCGUGAAGGAAAAGGUGGAGACUCUGUUCUCCGUGGGCACCGACGGCAGAGUCAGCAACUGGUUGGUCCACAGCGGUGGUCUGGACUGCAUCGAGCUUCUGGUGAUCAGUAGGACUCAUGACAUAAAGAAGACACCUGGAUGGAACAAGGCGGAGAGUAUAAAUGAGACCGCGACCGGGUUGAAAAUGAGGAGUCCUGGUCUGUGUUUGGACUUCUACCCCACAGAUUCCAGUAUCUACCUGAUCGGCACACCGGAGGGUCUCAUUCACAAAUGUUCCAUGUUCAGUGGUCAGCUGGAGACAUACAGGAAGCACUCUUGUGCCGUGACCUGCGUCACAUUCAGCCCCUUCAGUCCCGACGUGUUCCUGAGCUGCUCCUCGGACUGGACCAUCCACAUCUGGAAGCUGGACCAGCCCGAGCCCGUGUUGAGCCUCAGCUCCUCUCGGACCCCCGUGUGGGACGUCAGGUGGUCUCCCAUGUGCCCCUCGGUGUUCGGAGCCGUUACUGAGACACAGCUGGAGAUCUGGGACCUGAAUGUAAACAUGAUGGACCCUGUCAUAGUGCAGCCCGCCGCCCCCGGGGUGAGGAUGACCUCCCUGCUGUUCGCCCCGCAGACAGACUGCGUCCUGGUAGGAGACACCGAGGGAAACGUGACGGUCUACAAGCUCCACAACCUCAAUGCAGGAGGAAGAAGCCAGGUGGACGUCCUGAAAGAGCUCCUCCACACUGAAGCUCCAAAAUAACCACAACCACAGCUGGUGUGUUCGGCGUCCUGUCUGGAGAACAAGCAGCGCUGCUGCAUGAAAGCAUUAGAUAUGAUUCUUCA